GGUAAUUUGGGUAAAUAACACGAGACUAACAUCCUUUUGCCAAAAACAACAUUUCUGGGGAGAGUGUUUGAAAGGGGGGCGACAGGGGUUUAUCAGAUAUAAUCUAAGGAAAACAUCAUGUUCACCACAGCAGUAAAAUAUCUUGGUACAAAGCCAAAACCAGCAAUGAAGGCAUUAGAGCCUAGGUUUAGGCCGGAGCAGAAUCAAACCAUCACAAGGGCCAUUUUUGAAAUCCUGAAGGAGCAUGGUCCUCUUAGUGUUGCUCAGACAUGGGAACGUGUUCAGCAAGUUGGUGUACCAGAUUUGACAAGCAAAACUCAGAUGAAGACUGUAUUGAGAUGGAUGAAGGAGAGGCAGAAGCUUAAGCAAAUAUGCAACCAUGUUGGUCCCAACAAGCAGUUCCUGUACACAACAUGGUUCACUAAACCACCCACUGUCACCCAGCCAAGAGCCACCAGGGUCAAGUCUUGAUCUAAAAUUUGAACUAUAUAGACUGGAAUAAUCAUGUGCUUAGACUAGCUCUUUGUUACGCUUUUGUCCUUGAAAUAUGACUUGCUUACAUCAUGUCCCAGAUUAGUUUUGGUUAUGCAAAACAAGUUAAAGAUCAGCUUUGCAAUAAUAAACAUGUGUUGUUUUGCCA